AUUUUUUUUGAGUGUUUUUUUGAACAUUUCUGAUUAUUUUUGAGUGCGAACGAAAAUCGAAGCGUUGUAAAAACAAAAACUGCUCGCUGGAAGAUGGGCAACGCCGGCUACACAUGCAUCCGUCGCACCUUUUGCUGGCUCAACAUCAUUUUGUGGCUUUGCAGCUGCGCCUUUCUCGGAGCUGGACUGUGGCUGCGCCUGAGCUACGAGGGCUACGCCACGCUGCUGCCACAGCAUGCGGGCCUCAGUGCGGACACGAUCUUCAUGUGCAUCGGUGGCAUUGGCUUUGUGGUCAGCUUCUUUGGCUGCUGCGGCGCCUGGGUGCAGUCGCGCUGCCUGCUCGUGCUGUAUUUCAUGCUGAUUGUGAUGCUGUUCAUGAGCGAGUUCCUCGUCGGCUCCAUUGCGUUCCUCUUUCGCGGCGGCCUCGGACGCACCUUGGCCAACGAGCUGCGCUUCGGCAUCGAGCGUCAUUAUAAUGCCAGCGAUCGGGGCUCGCUGGUGGCGCCAUCUGUGGCCGCCAUUUGGGACAGUGUGCAGCAGUCGUUUGAGUGCUGCGGCGUCUCGUCUUAUGAGGAUUGGUACGACAUUCAGUCGUGGAGCGGCAAGCGCUGGGUGCCCGACUCCUGCUGCCGCCAGCUGUACGAUCAGCGCCAACUGCUAACGGAGGGCUCCGGCGAUGGACUGGGCGCGAUGCGCUUGGACUGCGGACGCUCGGAGAAUCCGUCGCUCUGGUGGGACAAGGGCUGCGCCCACUCGCUGCAAAACUGGUUCAACGGGCAGCUGAACGUGGUGGGCGCCAUCGGGCUGGGCAUUGCCUUCGUGCAGCUGUUCGGGCUGAUCACGUCGAUGCUGCUGUUCUGCACAGUGAAGCACAAGCGGGCAUCCGACACGUACAAGUCCUACUCCCCGUCAAUCGAUCCGCAAACGCGCACCAGCAGCUGGGAGGAUUGAACUCGACUCUAGCUAGCGGCGAGAAUUUCUAAAGCGAAGCCUCGACACAGGCCAUAUUUGCACAAUGAUUAUUUCUAUACACACAUAGAAGCUAUAUACUUCCUGCGCCUUCUUCAACAACUUCUUUUGCGAAAUGUGCCAAAAAUUAAUUUAAAUAUUAGUUUCCGUAUGCCUAAUUAUUAUAAUUAUUAGUGAUGCAUCAUCCGACACCCCAGCUGAGCUCGCAGCUCGUCGAAUUAGUAUUUCUCCCCUAUCCAGUAUUCACUGUAAGCGACCAACUGCAGCUCAGCUCUAUGAACUAUAUGCGACUAGCCCUUCGGCACAUCCAUAUUGUGAUCGUGCUCAUCUAGUUUAUAUAGCACCACCCCUUAUAUAUAUAGAUCUAUUGGAACAACAACUGCCCACAGCUUUAUAUAUGGAAUUUAAAUAUAUAUACUUAUCGUAUGCGUAUAUAUCAAGCACAUUCCUAAACAAAAUCAAU